UAGUCCCCAGUUAAGACGUUUGAGUUUGACGCACAACAGUAGCCAAAAUGUCCUCGCCAAAGAAACGCGUCUAUUUUCGCGUAUUUCCCACAGAAACGAUCAAUUUUAAGUACAUGAAAUUAGACCAGGAAAAUAACGCGAUUUACGUGCGACAUUUGCAAGAAAUCAACACCGACACCAGAGAAAAGAACUACUGGCAAUUCCCGACUGAUGGGCUGUUCUUCAAUGCGAAACAGGAACAAGUUUAUCAGAGGGUGAUGGAGGGAGUUUUAGAAGACGUUUUAAAUGGUCAAAACGCGGUCGUUUUUGCCUUUGGCCAAUCUGGGUGUGGCAAAACGUUUAGCACCAGUGGCCUUUAUUUAUCAGAAGAGGAAUUCGGAAUUCUUCCAAGAACCGUCGCAGAUCUGUUCGCUCUAAAGCGAAAAGAGCCCCCAAACAUGAAAGUCACCAUUCAAAUGUCUUAUGUGGAAUUUUACAAUACGCAUGCGUUGGACCUGCUGGGGGACUCUCGUAAUGUGCCCAAGGACAUUGCGAAAUGCCGGGAUGUAAGGAGGGUGGCUUUAAAAGAGGAACUCGAUGCCCUAAGGUGUAUUUUUAUGGCCGAGGGUCGAAAGAACUUUAAAGAACACUGUAAAUAUUUGUCGAAUAUAGCGACCAGUGUGGCCACUUUUAUUAUUAUCAGGAAAAACAUGGAUUUGACUGAUCCAACAAAAACUUAUUCCCGGUUACACAUCGUCGAUAUGGCGGGUAACGACAGUUGCCAAAACAUCAAACAACUCUGUAAAACCCCACACGAACUGGGCAUCGCCAACACCACGAAAUCCCAACUGGAACAUUUCGCCUUAUGCCUCAGAGAGAACAUCCCCAAGAAUAUCCGGAUCAGACAACGCACCAAUGCCUUAAUGUAUUAUUUAGCAGGGGAUUUUUCUAAUCAGAGUCUUUUAAGAUUUAUUGGUCAUAUUAAAGUGGAUUCGAGUGAAUUGAAUCAUUUGAUUAUCACGCUGUCUAUGCUGCGGUUCGGAAAUAUCGUGCAGGGUCUUAAAAUGAAGAAGAAACCGAUCCAGUUUGAUGUUAAUGAAGAGGUUGAGUUGGAGUAUUUACGAAACAAACUAAAGUCAAUCGAACAAGAGAAAUACCUAAACUCAGUUCUACUAAACCGAGACUUAGUAACCGGCCUAAAUCCGGCUCGUGUUGAUCACCUGAACCGCCUGGUAAACGAAUUUCUCAUCAACAAAACGCCAGAUAUCACCGUAAUGAACGUGGCAGACACGAGAAUCGUCCUGGAUAAAGUUAAACGAAUUUGCCAAUCGUACCAGGACGACCUGGACAAGUUAAAAAUCGAAAAUCAAACUUUGCUUAAUUUAACUCAACAACGUAGCGAUACCAGUUUGAGGAGGGGGUCCAAAAGUAGCGCACAAAGUUUGGUUAGUAAGAUCUCAAGAAAAUCGUCGAAGACUAAAUCGAAAGAGAGUCUUAGUGGCGGCAAAGAGAAACCUGUAAACGGCAGCAUGGGGUCGGAAAAGAGGCUCAGGAGGUCCUUCCCAAGUGAAGAUAUUACCAUUACCGAAAGGUCCACGCCCAGACGCAAAAAAUCCGUAAAAUCAAACUCUAGUACCCUAAAACAGUCGGCCGGUAUUAAAUUCAGGAAAUCGAGCAACACCUCCAUAGAUAAAAGAGAAUCCAGAGGCAGCUUAAAGAGCUCCGAAGUGGGACAACUUAUUCCGGACAUUAUGCCGGAGAAGCAGGAUCUUCUUAAGCAAUUUACAAACAGUCAAGACUACAAAGAACUGAUUGAGGAGUACAAGUUGAACGAGAAAGAUGUGAAAAGCAGCUUCGCUACUUAUACCAAGGAAAUUAAGAAGCUUAAUCUUUGUAAAGAUGCUUUGGACAAGUGCAAAAAUGAUUUGAUUAUGGCACACACCUAUAGGAAAUUUAACAGGAGAGACGAAUUAGACGAAUAUGGUGACCUCACAUUAUCGUACGCGGAAACCGAGUGUCGGGAUCGCUUGGAAGAUGCUAAAUAUUCCUUGACAGACCAACAAGAAAGAACCUUAAUUGCCCAAGAAGAGUUUAAGGUUUAUUUGGAAAACAGACAUCGGAUAAUCAAGAAAGCCGAGGAGCAAUUUGACCAGUACUGCGUCGACAAUUAUCGUGUUCCUAGCGGGGAAAUUGACGAAAUUCAACGAGAUUUGAUUCCAUUUACUGCUGUUAUUAAUCUGGAGAGCACGUGCGACGUUGAAGAAACCGAACAGGGGGAAACCUUGGACCGUGUGCCAGAACCAUCAGUAUCGACUCAACUGUUGAGAAAUUUACAGAGAUUAAUGAAAUCGGAACGGCGCAUGCUAAAACGAUUGAAGGAGAAGAAGAAAAACGAGUGGAAAUCAGUGUUUUAGUAUAUGAAUUGUUUGUGAGAAAAUAAACGGUAAAACGAUUA